AUUUUGCCUGCAACUGCCUUCCCUGUCUCUCUGUGAGAAGCUUUUGUAGUGUUUUUUCUUUGUCCAUUUGAAUUUGGGGUGGCCCUUUACUCCCUCUAACUAGUCUUAGUCAUUUUCCCUUACUUCUUCACAUAUUGGGGAUCCUAUCUCUCCACCCUGUUACUAGAGACUCCUUGUUUUUCCAGCUGUUUUCCCCCACAAGACUGAGCAGCUAUUUUUGAGGACUUGUUUCAGUUGUUCAGGGGGGAUAUCAUUUUUUGUGGAAGCCCUCGACUUUAAUGGUCCACUCUGGUCUCUGCAGAUACCCCAGCAUCUAUUUCUACAUCUAUUACGGUUAUCAUGGUUGUAGCACCUCCAUUUUUUUCUAAAUUAUGACUGUUUUUUUUUUAAACUGAAGAUCAGGGAGCUCCAAACCAACACAACUGAUUUCCACAGGGUUAGGUUUAAAUUUAGGAGGAGGAGUUAGGAGCAGGAUUCAAUGAGGCACACCCUGCUGGAUAACAUUAAGGUUAGGCUGAGGAGAGCAAAUGGGACAAUGUGUAUGAUGAGUGUGAAAGGUUCACAGCUGGACAGUGAGGUUAGUGAGGUUAUGUGGCCCUAGGAGCACCUAAUUAGUGAUUGUUACCAGAGUAGCAAGAUCUCCAGUGGAGACUUGUCUUUCUCCAGCCUGCUCUGCCUAUUUUCUGUCUCAGUUUGGGCCUCAUGUCGACGACUGCUUCCCUACCCCAUUUUACCCCCGAAGAAAUCUCUGACCGCUUCAGUGACUUAGACCUGCUAGUUUUUACAGCCAUGCUGCUGCUCUCUCUGUUCAUUGGCAUUUUUGUCGCCAUAAAACAAGUCCACCAAACUCACAUUGAUUAUUUGAUGGCUGGUCGCAGCCUAACAUCUUGGCCUGUGGCGUUCUCCCUCACGGCCACCUUCAUGUCAGCAGUGACGGUGCUGGAAGCCCCAGCUGAGAUCUACCUCUUUGGACACUGUUUUGGUCUCUUUGCUUUUGCCUAUACCUUAAUGGUGGUGAUCAGUGCUGAAGUGUUUCUACCCAUCUACUACCGGCUGGAGAUAACCAGCACCUAUGAGUACUUGCAACUUCGAUUCAAUAAAUAUAUGCGUCUGCUUGGAACAGUGAUAUUUAUGAUGCUAACUAUAUUAUACACUGGAAUUGUUAUAUAUUCUCCAUCCUUGGCUUUGAAUCAAGUUACAGGAAUUCAGUUGUGGGGGUCUGUUGUUUCAACAGGAGUAGUCUGUAUUUUCUAUUGUGCACUGGGUGGCCUGAAAGCAAUAAUCUGGACAGAAGUUCUCCAGUUUACACUGAUGAUAAGUGCAUUUAUGGCAGUGAUUAUACGGGCUGCAGUAAUUAAGGGAGGAUUUGGUCUUAUUAUCGAUGAUGCUAAACAUGGAGGAAGACUAAUAACCUGGGAGUUUAACCCAAAUCCUCUGCAAAGGCAUACAACCUGGACAGUCAUUAUUGGUGGCACCUUCACUUGGCUUAGCAUAUUUGGAACAAAUCAAUGUCAAGUUCAGCGAUACCUUGCUUGCAAAUCACAAAGUCAAGCAAAAAAAUCUCUUUAUAUAAAUCUUUUUGGACUCUAUUUAACUCUCGGUUGUGCAGUGAUGUGUGGGCUCUCAAUGUACUCUGUGUACAAGGACUGUGACCCUUGGACUGCGGGCUUUGUGUCGGCACCAGAUCAGCUCAUGCCUUAUUUUAUGCUGGAGAUUUUGGGAGAUUUUCCAGGACUUCCAGGACUUUUUGUGGCUGGGACUUUCAGUGGAACAUUAAGUACAGUGUCUUCCAGCAUCAAUGCAUUAGCUGUUGUAACUGUAGAAGAUCUUAUUAAACCUAAUUUCAUUGUGUCUGAAACAAACUUGUUAUGGAUUUCCGUGGGAAUGAAGGUGUUGUAUGGUGCAGUGUGCCUUUCCAUGGCUGCAGUGGCGUCUAUUAUGAGUGGCUUAUUACAGUCUUCACUCAGUAUUUUUGGAAUAUUUGGUGGACCCCUUUUAGGAAUAUUUUGUUUGGGCAUCCUUUUGCCUUUUGCAAAUGCUAAGGGUGCAUUUUCAGGUCUACUUUGUGGGUUUCUUAUUGUAUUGUGGCUUGGAGUUGGGGCCCAGAAACAUCCUCCCCCUCCUCACAGAACAAGGCCAUUACCCCUUUCAACUGAAGGCUGUCCAAAGCCCAACAGUUCUGUGAUUACACAAUUAACUACUACUCUGCCUCCUCCAACUUCACCAAGACCUCUCAUUGAAGAAUAUUGGUGGUACUCACUAUCAUAUCUAUACUUCAGCCCAUUAGGAACUAUGAUAACAUUUAUUGUGGGAUCAAUCAUGAGUGUAGUGACAGGAGGACUCAAGCAAAAUGUGGAACGCAGACUUCUGUUUGGCAAGGAGGAGUUUAUGGCCAACUUUUUGCACUGGAAACCUAAGUGUGAAUCAAAGCAAAGCACCAACUUACCGGAACUUCGGGCAGCACGAUUGGCGCUGCAGCAUUUCGUGCCUUUAUUGAUUCAUCUCAAGCAUGUGCUGCUGAGGACAGACAACAACUGUGUGAAAGAGUUCAUAAAUUGUCGAGGAGGGACAAAGUCACUGGUGCUUCAUCUGGAGGCAUCACGACUGAUUUCCUGGGCAGAGCAUGGUCUACAAUCGCUGACAGCAGAAUAUAUAAAGGGAGUAGACAAUGUAGAAGCGGACUGGUUAAGCAGACAGGAGGUGUUGCCAGGAGAGUGGCAGCUGCACAAAGAUUUGUUCAAACAGAUCCGCAAGAGGUUUGGAAGGAUGGAUGUAGAACUUUUUGCUUCAGAUGUCAAUCAUCAACUGAAGAGGGUGGCAGCAGUAUGCCCUGAUCCUAAACAAAAGUCCAAAGUGUUGAAGCUUCCAUCUCUGUUACUGAAGGUCAUCAAAUCUGAGUUUGAUGUGCCUUUGCAAUGCAAUAAGUUGAUGCCUACUACUAAUAGGUAUUAUGUUCUGGAACAAUCUUUGGUGGCUCAAUUAAAGCUUCCUCUCAUUAAUGCACCUGUUGUGGAAUUAGUGACUCAUUCCUUGCAUCCAAACGACUCAGAUGCACAGCUUAAGGACUCUGUGGAGUGUAAGAUGGACCUGGGUUUGAGGCAAGUUCACAAUGCUAGUGCUGUGUCAGUGUGGGCAGCUGCUUCGGUAUCGGUCUUCAUGAGAGCCUCAUUACUCUGGCUACAGGACCUCUUGGAUGGUCUCCAAGAAGAUCCUGCUAGAGUUCGCAGUCCCACUUUGAAAAUUUCCCAUGCUGUGGCAUUCAUUGCUGACACCUCCAUAGAUGCAGGGCAAUUUUCAGCUUGGUCCCUGGUGGCAAGCGUUUUCAUUUGGAGGACUCUUGGGUUGUGCCAUUGGGAGGUGGAUGCCAUGGCUUGCUCCAGUCUGGCUUCUGAGUCUUAUGAAGGUGUCAAACUCUUUGGUGACUUGGCUUCGGUGGAUAUUUUGAUAGAGUCCAAAGCGUCUUUUCUGCCUUCCACCACAAAGUGA